AUGCUUUGGCGCUGCGGCGGCCGACACGGUGAGCUUUUCCCCCUUCUGAUGCUCUGCUGCCGCGUUCCCAGCCCGCAUUGUCGUCUGACGCGCAAUUUGCUUGAAGCCCCAGCCCAAGUCCAUGCGGGUGGCACUACACACUCGCCCGACACCAUCCUCCCUGUUCGACGACGAUACGCAGCUGCGUUCCUUUCGUACUCCCGCGAUCCCCUCCGUCCCAGUCUGUGUCUGCUUGCGUCCGCAUACGACAACAUCACGGCGCUCAUAAGUCUCUCAUCAUCAUGGUCAUAUCCAUACGGCGUUGGAGGCCAUACCCAACAUGAGCACAAGCCCGGGGAGCGCGACUACGCGCGCAACAACGCGUGCGCACCGCCGGGCCCGAAGCAGUCACAGAUGGCCUGCAGGUGCGGGUCCACGGCCAUCGGGUGCUCAGGCGCGACGUGGAGAUGGAGCUUGGGGCGCGAGGAACGCGUUGCCGGAUUUGCACUGGUGCAAACGUACUCGCGACUGCUCCAGAGUACUCUGGAGAGGGUGCUCGGAGCUACUCCAGAGCACUCGGCUGCUCCGGCUACUCUCGAGACUCCGUUGCACUCUGGAGACAAGGUGUUUUUGCCUGAUGUCUCAACAGAAGAUUCCACCAGCGACGAGCAAAGCAUACGAUGCACCUUUGUGCUCCCCAAAGUCUAUGUAUCGCCUGGCGCACAGGUACGACAUCCCGGAUCUGAAAACGGCCGCCAUCAGAGACAUCUCAGCCAAAUUAUCCGCCGAAAAUAUUCUCGAGGAAGUCUUCUCAUCCUUCAGCUCACUGAUAACAAAUACUGA